AUGAGCAACAACAAGAUUAAUAAAGGGGGUUUCAUUGAAAUUGGAAAUUUAUGGAGAGGAAAAGAUAAUGUAUUUUCAUUCCAUCGUAAUGCUGAAAAGGCAUGUGAGGAUUUGAUGAACCAACCGCAACAUAUAUCAAGGCGAUUCGACAACUUCAAUGCUGAACAAGUUGCAACAAAUCGUCUUCGGUUAAGAGCUCACAUACUUGUGGUGCGAUUGCUUGCACUCCAAGAGAUUCUGUUUAGAGGCCACGAUGAGAAAUCUAGUUCGUCUAAUCGUGGCAAUUUUCUUGAAUUUUUGGAUGUGCUAGCCAUGGAGAAUGACGAACUUUCAAAGGCAAUUGCGAAAGCUCCCAAAAAUGCCAAAUAUGCAAGUCAUGAUAUUCAAAAACAAAUACUUCAUGUGUUUUUAGUGAGAUUGAAAAAUGCAAUUCGUGAAGAAAUUGGAGUUGCUAAGUAUUGCAUUAUUGUUGAUGAAGCCCGUGAUGAGUCAAAAAAAGAGCAAAUGUUUAUUGUUGCGGUUUGUGGACACUAA